AUGGUUCGGUGGAAUACGCGGAGUGCGGAGUGCGGAGUUGGAGUGCAGAAAAUGAGGAGUGUGGAAAAUGAGGAGGGUGGAAAAUGCGGAGUCAUAGAUGAAGAGGAACGUAUAGGAGGUGGUAGGACCACGUAUACAACUAAUGUAGCAGUGCAGCACGAUGGAAGCAACACGUGGUUAAACCCCGCCAUGUUCAAGAGCAUCUGUAGUGUGGAUGUCACAAACUUUCCUUUCGAUGACCAGGAAUGUCUGCUCAAAUUUGGCUCUUGGGCUUUCGAUAAAUCGAAGAUCGAUUUAGCAGUGAAAAACGGCAGCACCCUUAACAGCUACUACAUCAAAAAUGGCGAAUGGCAACUGCUGAAUUUGUCUGUGAAGAGGAACGCUCUGAAAUAUCAGUGCUGUCCGCACGAGUUUGUGGAUGUGUCAAUAAAUGUGCAUAUCAGACGGGAAUCACUGGAUUACAUCCUAAAGUUGAUUAUUCCAUGCUCACUGAUCUCUUCCAUGAUAUUUUUAGGGUUUGUUCUACCACCUGAGUCCGGUGAACGCAUUGGACUGAGUAUCACAGUUCUUUUGGCCAUGACGGUGUUUCAACAACNAAAUAUGGGGGUCACCAAGCUCGUUUUUGAGCUAUUAGCAGUCAAGGUCUUUCGCGCCCAUUGCUUCUACGCAUCCUUAUUACGCACGAAAAUUCAUAUCGCAACGUCACGCUACGUCAUACAUCAAGCUCGCCCUAAGGAAGAAAUAAAAGCAAGUAAAGAUCGUUUUUACUGUCACGCAGUAAAAAAUAAAACGAAAACUAUUCAGUUGAUAAAGUCAAGAUAUUGUGAUCUUAUAGCAAAUAGAUAG